CUCCACCGCCUUGCAUUACAACAGACUUCAAAUGUCUGUUUGUCCGAACCUCCAGCUGGCAGUAUAUAUACCACUCCAAACGGAGCAACAAACGGAACCGGACAACGACCUACAUUAGGACGUCCACCGGCCAAGCGGAGGUUGGCGUUGGAUGAGUCGGACCACCAGUACCCCAUCGAAGGAGCCAGGACCCCCAGGGGAAAGUCUGGAGGAGCCUCCGGGCCUGGGCUCAAGAGCCCCAAAACUCCGAGGUCACCGGUAGAGAAGACACGCUACGACACGUCGUUGGGGCUGCUGACGAAGAAGUUUGUUGAGCUGCUGGGCCAGUCGUCUGACGGCGUCAUCGACCUCAAUCAGGCCGCGGAGGUUCUCAAGGUGCAGAAGAGGCGCCUCUAUGACAUCACCAACGUACUUGAGGGGGUGCAUCUGAUCAAGAAGAAGUCUAAGAAUAACAUACAGUGGAUGGGCUGUAACCUGUCUGAGGAUGGGUCUAUGUUGACCAGCAGCCAGAGUCUGAGCAGUGAGCUGUGUGACCUGGGUCAGGAGGAGAGGAGACUGGACGAGCUGAUCCAGAGCUGUACCCUGGACGUCCAACAGAUGACAGAGGCCUCGCACAGCCACAAGUUUGCGUAUGUGACAUACCAAGACAUCCGUCAGCUACGUCACCUGAAGGACCAGACAGUCAUCGUGGUGAAAGCUCCCUCUGAGACCAAGUUGGAGGUGCCAGACCCACAGGAGGGCCUGUCGGUCCUCCUCACCAGCACCAAGGGGCCUAUUGAGGUGUUCCUCUGUCCUGAGGAGAACAUCAGUAGUCCUGUGAAGAACGGUGGCCCGGAUGUCCAAGGAAACUCCUCACCUUUCCUCAAAGUGUCAGCAGAGAGCUCAACAGGCGGCAGCAGUAACGUCUACGUCCCUCCAGAUCCCUCUGCGGUGAUGGUGACCAACCUGUCCCCUAUCACCUCCCCUUUCACCAGCCUCCUGCUGCAAACCGAGGACCAGAUCCCCUCCUCCCUGUCUGGGCUCCUGGAGGGCCACGGGGCCGGGCCCUUCGUCAACCUGUCCCCCCCUCUCCUCAACGAGGACUACAUGCUGAGCUUAGAGGACGACGAGGGAAUCAGCGAUCUGUUCAACACCUGUGACUUUGACAAACUUCCUCUAGAAGAACUCAUGUGUCCCUCGAUGUAAGAGGGAGGGGUGUGUGUCCCCCCCCAUUACUGAAUAGAGGGAGGGGUGGAAGACGGGAUGUGUGUCCCCCCCCCCCCCCAUUACUGAGUAGAGGGAGACAUAGGGGACACUUGUCUCUUCUGUGUUCACGUGUACCAGGAGAGAUGGGGAAAUGUCUGCUGUGUUCAUAUGUAACUGUCAUGGCGGAGCAGAGAGGGAUCCGUCUGUAGAGAGAGACUGCACCAUGGGGGGGAGCUCCUUGGCACCCCUUUCCCUCUGUUUAAAGAGGAUUAGGUACACAGGGCAUGCUGGGUAAAAGAUCUCUCUCUCUCUCUGUGCCUGCCUGUUUGUCGAGGCGGUACACUGGGCCAGGUGGGUGAAAGACCCCCCCCCCCCCAACCCACCGUCUCUCUCUCCUUGUACCUGCCUGUUUGUCGAGGCACUGUAGACUGCCUUAAAACUGGGUCGUGUUCAGUAGGAGCAAAACGUAUAAACUCAUUGAAACUGAAACAGGGGAUGUUUUCAAUUUCAGUUACGAAAAGGUUUUGCCUUUAGGCUUGUGGCCUAAUGAAAACGACCCGGACCAACUCUUCUCUCACUUCUCAGACCUUCUUGAUGACUGAGAGCUGCCUUUUAUCCAAACUGGCGCUGGUGGAAACCACUCUGUAACGGUCUGUGUGUUUUUAGACAGCUGCUCGUGUGUUCCUUCUGGAUGUUUCUCUGCCAUGUCAGGUGACCAGUUUGACCCUAUGGCUGAUCUACGUUUGUGCUGUUGAGUUCUAUGCUUUUCUCUUUGUUUGUAGAAUAUGGCAAUGAUAGUGAUUUUUGGCACAAAAACCAUUGAGUUUGUCUUUGAAACUUUUAGGAACCAGGGCCUCUACUCUGAUACUUUAGAGCAACACUCAUUUUGGAGAUACUGUAUCAUAAAGUACAAGUUGACCCCUUAGUUUCGAUUGGGGACUUGUCGAGAUAUUAUCUCCUACUUAUAACUGACAUAUUAACUGUCUAAUGACUGACGAGGGAUAAUUAGCUUUUUUUUUUGUGUUUCUGUGGGCAAAUAAUUGGUUUACAAGCGUCACCCAAAUUUAAAUUCAACAAGUUGUGGUUUAAUCAGAAACCCAAGUUGGUUUGUCCCGGUCUGUAUCGAUUUGAAUGGAUAUUUCUGAUUUGAAUGGAUAUUUCCAAGAACAACCACAGUUAAAAAGCAACCGUUAUGUUAUUGCUCUGAAGGAAUUCCUCAAAUGAUCUUGGAAAGAGAGUCUUGGGCUCUGUGCUGAUGAGGCUUGGGCGCUAUACCUUCUACUGGGGAUUUAGAAAUAUCGAUAUCAUGAUUUUCAAUAGAUUUCUUUUGGGAGGGGGGGGGGGGGGUUGUGUGCUGUAUAUCUAAAGGUUAAGUAUAAGGGAAUCUAAGAUGUGUGAAAUGAUAUCCAGCUCAGGGCUCCAGCGUUUGGUUUGCUAACGUGCUAGCUAAGUAGCGAGAUGUCUUGUUUACAGCAGAGAUAUUCAACCCCCUCUUGGAUUUAAGAUCCCUGUUGCCUAAGUUGUUUUGUGCCUCAAAACAUAGCGCCCCUUUGGGUGUACAAUCAGUAAUACCGUAUACCCUUUACAGAUGUACCCUUUAGUCAGCGAGCAAUGCUGUUGUAGAUGGACCUUACGCUUGCUUACGGUGCUCAUCUGAAUAUUUUAACACAGCCAUCACCCCCCCCCCCCCAUUUUAAAAUCACAAGCUCAUGAAUGGAAACAUUUUCUUUUUCCAAAAACAAGCGGGUUUGGGACUUCUCCCUCUACUUAAAGGGAAAUGUUUUUGUUUUUUUUUACGGACAUCAGCAUUUCUUUUUGUGUGGAGAGUAAAAGGAAUGAACUUUCACCAAGCAGAACAAGUGUGGCUACUUGGUUGAUUUGGAUGCCGAAAGAACUCUUAAACGUGUUCAGUUGUGUAUUAGGGUUUGUUGAUGUCACAGUGAAGUAGAGACACGAGAGUCUUAAGUUAGCCCUAGAUGAUAAUUGAAUGAUAUGCUUGUUGCCUUGCUGACUGGAUGUCGGUAUAAGCUGGGGGUUGAUGCCCUGAAGUCUAGAAACCAUCUUCUUUAAAUGAAGGUAUGAUU